CGCGGGGCCGCCGCUUCCCUCUGUCGCGCGCUGACUCGGCUUCCCGGAAGGGCGCACGGGAGGCGGCCCGGCGGGCGAGGGUCCAAGCCGGAAAAGCUCGGUUCGCUCCCGCGGCCGGUCCGAGGCCCCGGCGGCCUCCCCAGAGCGGCGCUCCGAUCAGUGGGCGGUGGGCGCCGAGUAGGCCGAGAGCUUCCUCCUCUCUCCUGCAACGGCAGCUCCUGCCUCCGGGCGGGGGAGACCCCGUCGGACGGGAAGGCUGGAGGGCCCCGGGGAGCAGGAUGAGGGGGCAGCUGUCUUCUUCCAUACCCUAGAAGACACCAAGGUGGAAGAUUGCCCAAGUCACAGCUCCAGUGAACAGGACGCCUUGCUCCGGAAACUUCAGGCUCUCUGGGCACGGAGAGACAUGGAAAAGCUCCAGGAAGAAAUGCACCUGGGCUUUGCCAGCCUGCGUGACCCGUUGGCGUGGCUCCUGGAUGUGCUGGAUUUCUGUGGGGUCUGGAGAGGGCCAGGCUUGCUGACCCACAUCGUCCGCGAGCUGCAGGGCUGGAUAAAGAGCCAUGCCAGUGAUCAGCCGUCUGGCUUAAAGCUGAAGACGCUGCAGGCCCGUCUCUUUCCCUUGCUCACCCGGUGCAAUGUCAGCCUGAUGCAGCCCCUGAUCAGCAUCUAUCAGCUCCACACCGUAGACCGCCAGCAUUUGCUGUGCUUCCUUAACCAGCUCUGCCAACGGGGGAAGUUCAAAGAGGCUGCUACUUUAAGUAUAAAACUGAAACUUCAACCAGACCUGGAAUUUGAGAAGGUGUGCAUUCCGUUGCUGCUUCAGGACAAAAUAGAACUCGUCGAAGCUUACGUGGAAGGCAGCCCUGAGCUACAGCAGAGCCUCUUGCGACUCCUGGACUCGUGGUCCAUGCCAGGCUUCCAGGCCAAAGACCUGGCAAGACAGUAUCAAGCCCUGCCUGGCAAGUGGCCGGAGAAGAUCAACUGCAGGACGAUGCAUAAAGUGGCCUUCCGGUUGCUGGACAGAUAUAGCCUGGGCCCAGAGCUUUGUCCCCAUAUUCUCAACCAGCGACACCUGGGUACUUUGAAAUACUUACUCCACAAGAGAUUUGUUGAGAAAUCCAUGACGCAAGAAAACUGGGCAGAUCACAUCCAGGGCAUCGUCCAGGACAACCGGUGGCUGCAAGAGCAGCUGGUGCAACUCCUGGCCCGUUAUGCUGGCCUGCGGGUAGCUGCCCAGUGGGCCCGGCACUACAGCCUCCUCAGGGACAGUUUGCCGCCUGGCCUGGCAGACAGGAUGGAGGAGCCGGCCGGCCUGGAGAGGGACGAUGCUUCAGAACAGACCCCUUGGGACACCACAAAGGACGGCUGCUAUCAGCUCCCCGUGCCAAGGGGAGACAUCCUUGUCUUAUCAACCUGGGAAGAGGUGAUGGCGUGCCAGCAACAGGUGCUCCAGCCUGGCCAGGUCGUUGGCAUCGACAUGGAAUGGCGCCCCUCGUUCAGCACCAUUGGAGGGAAGCCGCGGGUCUCCAUUGUUCAGCUGGCGAUUUGGGGCCACGUCUUCCUCUUGGACAUAAUGCAGCUGCUCCAACAGGGGGAACAGGGGGCGCCGGCUGCCCUCUGUGGCUUCUUCCAGACUCUUCUGGCCGACCCAGCCAUCGUGAAGCUAGGCUACGGGAUGUCAGGAGACCUGCGUAACCUCAUGGCAACCUGUAGCAUUUCCAGAGAUGUGGACCUGCAACUCUGUGGAAUUCUGGACCUCCAUCUGAUACAUCAAAAGUUGCCCAAGUGCUCCAAGAAGAGCUGCCAGCCACCACUGGACCCCUGGCAGGCGAAGAACAAGGCCUGGCGGAGCAGGCCACCCGAGAAGGGGCUCAGCCUGCUAGUGCAGGAGGUCCUGGGCAGGCCCCUCAACAAGACAGAGCAGCUGUCUAACUGGGAGAAGAGGCCCCUUCGGGAGACGCAAAUCCUUUACGCAGCCUCUGAUGCCUACUGCUUGCUGGAGGUGUAUGCAAAGUUCUUGAAGGACCCGGCUGCCUUCGGCCUGAGCUCCGAUGUGCUGGUGGUGGGGAUGAGGAAGGCGGGAGAGAGCCCCAAGGCGAAAGCAAGGAAGCCGCCCAGGAAGCAGGAGAGGCCAGCAUCUGUCCUGGAAGAGGCCCCCAGAGCUUCAGUUGGCAUCCUGGUGCAAGACUUCCGCGUGGUCUGCGACAACAUGCUGCAGGGCCUGGGGCGAUCCCUGCGCUGCCUCGGGGUGGACGUCCGGAUCCUGGGGAACAAUGAUGAGCACCGGAGGGCAGCCGAGAUUGCCAGGGAAGAGAAUCGAGUGAUUUUAACCUCUGGCUUUCCAUUUCAUUCGCUGCGGUCCCAAGUAGGCGAAGGUCAGUGUUUCUCGGUCAGCUGCUUGGAGAAGGCCAGGGACCAAGCCCUGCAGGUCCUGAAGCACUUCAACGUCCGGGUGGCCCUGGCUGAUCUUUUCAGCCGCUGCCAGGCCUGCAACUGCAGCCGGUACGUGAAGGUCUCGAAGGAGAGGAUGGCGCUGCUGAGGAAGCAGAGUGGCUGCUGGACGGGGGAGGAUGGAGAGGCCUGUCUGGGAGAUCCUGGCCCCACUGCCACCGCGGAGCCAAGUCGCCGCCUCACCCUUCAUCAACCUGCCUGCAGUCCCGGAUGGGAGGGGCUGGAAGCGGCGGGCCCAGGGGACGAACACACCCUGCUGCCCACCGGCAUCCGCUUGAGAGUUGAGGCCGUCCCACCCGGGGUGCUGUCCAAGGAAGAGCUGGACUGCUUCUACUGCUGCAGCCAGUGCGGCCAGGUCUUCUGGGAGGGCUCCCACCUGGGCCGCCUGGUCUCCCAGUUUAGGGAGGUGCUGGACCUGCCGGAAGAGAGCUGAACUGGGGCUGGGGCCUGUCCUUGGGCUCUGCUCAGGAAUGGGGAGGGUCCCGGGGCCUGUUGGCAGGCCAUCCCCUUUUAGAGGGACCUCUGAAAGGAUGUUCAGCUUCUUUCCUCAGGUGCCCUUUUGGCACAACCAUCUCACAGGGUCAGACCCACACCACCACUGCCUGUCUUGUGGGGAGGGGCUGUUGCCUCUGGUGCGAAAUGGAACGCUAGACCCCAGGACCAAAUGUUGUCUUGCUGGUUGGGGGAUCCCAACACACACACACACAAACAGAAAACACGCAGCCCUCUGCAGAGUGCAACUUAGAGCCUUUGCCCAUCUUUCUCUCCCCCUGCCCUGCCCAGAAAAGGUCCUGCUGUUUCUCUGGAGAUAAGAGGCAUGGGCAAGAAAUGUCUGCCUUGACAGCCAGCCCGCCCCCCCUUCCUGUUGCCCCUUCUUUGCUUGCCCGUUUACCCUCUGUUUCAGCCAAGGGAGCCCACAGGGAGACCUUUAGGCCUCUCUGAGAAACCUGGACCUUCAGUCUGGAGGCCAGCGGCCUCUCUCCUCUCGGGGCUUUGCUUGGCUCUGUGCCCCCCCCCCGCCCCCAGAGGCCCCCUCUCUACACAGAAUGAGACGCCCCUGGCAGAGGCGUUCCCAAGACUAGACGAGCAGGUCUAGAGAUGCUUUGGGCAGGGGUGUAAAUGCUAUUGAGGGUGGUAAAAGUUUUGUGUUGAGUAAAAUAUGUCUUUUUGCGCAUUCAGGUGCAGUUUGUUGGACAGAGUUUGUUGGACAAUAAAGGACUGUUACUUAAAUGAG